ACAGCUCUGGGUAAACAAUCCUUAUACGGACGUUUAAGGCGGAAGCUUUUCCACAGAAGUUGACGUGACUCACUCAGUAACUGGUUUUUCCUGUUGAUUCAGGUGUGGCAAAUGCUACAGAGUUUUAGCAGUGCUCUUCGAUAACUACUCAAAGAAUUGUGUGUCAAAUUUAUGGAUUUUUAUCUGCUAUGAACUACUACAUUUUCUUCAUAUACGUACCUUUGGUUCAUUCAGCGUCACACACGCUCAUCACUACAUACACUGGAGUAAAUGGACAGACGGUUGCAGGGACCCCAGAGUUUUCUGCUGUAACUAUUCUGGAUGGACAGCAGAUUGAUUAUUAUGACAGUGUGAUAAAGAAGCUGAUUCCCAAACAGGACUGGAUGAAGGAGUUUGCAUCUACAGACCAGUGGAUAGAAGACACUGAGAUUAGAAAAUCUGUGCAGCAGAUCUACAAAAAGAAUUUUCCUCUUUUAAUGCAGCGAUUCAAUCAGACACAUGGUGUUCAUACGUAUCAGAGGAUGUAUGGAUGUGAUUGGGAUGAUGAGACGGGAAAAUCACGUGGGUUUGAUGAGCACGGUUAUGAUGGAGAAGAUUUCAUCUUUCUAGACAUAGAGGAGCUCAGAUACAUCACAGCUGUACCACAGGGAAUAAUCACAAUGAUGAAGUGGAACAAUGACAGAGAACGACUUGAAUUACUGAAACAAUACUACAAACAAGACUGCAUUGACUGGUUAAAAGAUUGUUUGAAGUUAAGGAAAGAUUUAAAAAGAAGAGCUCCUGAAGUGUCUCUGGUACAGACGGAUUCCUCUUCUCCAGUAGUGUGUCAUGCCACAGAUUUCUACCCAUCAGCAGUGAAUAUCACCUGGUUAAGAAAUGGAGAAGAGCACGAUGAGGAUGUGGAUCUUGGAGAGACACUACCAAAUGAAGAUGGGACCUUCCAGAAGUCAUCUAUCCUCCGUGUUACUCCAGAUGAAUGGGAGAAGCACCAGUAUGUUUGUGUGGUGGAGCACGAGGGAAAGACCAUCCAGAAGACAGAGGACGAGAUCAAGAGUAACUACAGACUUAGAAUACUGUACUUCACAAUACUCAUGCAUGUGACAGUACUAAUCCUGGUUAUUGCUACUACAUUCCUUGUUCGGAAAAAAAAAAUGCACCGGUUUAAGACAGUUGAUUGGCUAUUGCUUAACCCAUCCAGUGAUAGCGAUGGACGUAUCAACAAAGCUCUUUGAAGGGUUUUCUCCAGUGUUCUGCACUUUCCCAAGGAUGUGAGAGAUUAGAUGAUUUCCAGUCAAAUAUGUGUGACCAAAACAGGUUUAAUGUUGAAUAAUUUUCUUGAAAGCGAAUGUGAUUUCACCAAGUACAACUUGUUGUUCCUGGAACAACAUUCCAAUCAACCAAUCAGAAUUGAGAGAUAACUUUUCAGAAAAUAUGAGUUUUAGGCUUACAAUCAGGGUUAGGUGCUUCUACACCCUUGUUAAUCAGCUAUAAUAUCCCACUGAUUUUAGGAAUAAAUUAUGGUUAGGGAUUGGUUUAGGGAUAGGGAUUGGAUUAAGUCUAUAUUUUUGGACAAUAAUGUUGAUCCAGGAACAUGUCUUACUUGGUAAAAUCACUGCAACCUAUUCUUGAAUAUGGAGUUCACUGAUCUGUUUUACCAAACAAAAUGAUCACAUGACCAAGGAAAAAAAAAAAAAGAAAGAAAGAAAAAGAACACUUUCUAACAUAUUUGUGAGGUUGAGUCUAUAAAAAUACUGGAGAUGCAUCAGUUCAAAUGCAUGUCAGCUAAAGAGCACCCAGAUACUGUCUGAUUAUUAAGCUUAUGUUAAUAUCAGGUGUAAUGAGAGCUUUGAAUGUACUAUUGCUUGUUAUCCUGUCUUUUAACAUUCACAUUUGAUAUAUUUUAAGCUACAGUAAAAGCACCCUUUUUUGUAAAUAUAUUGUUCGCUGAAUAAGACUACUUUGAUAGAAAUACUCUGUUAUAA